AUGUCUAUCAUCCCAAACAUCUUUGGUGGUCGACGAAGCAACGUGUACGAUCCUUUGUCUCUGGAUAUAUUUGACCCUUUUGGGGGGUCUCCCUUUUCCACACCUCACGUGCCUUCAUUUGGUGGCGAAGGCAAUGCCAUAGCCAACACUCGCGUGGACUGGAAGGAGACAGCAGAGGCGCACGUGUUCAGCGUGGAACUUCCAGGGUUGAAAAAGGAGGAGGUGAAGGUGGAAGUGGAAGAAGGGAGGGUGCUGCAGAUUAGUGGAGAAAGAAGCAGAGAGAAGGAAGAAAAAGAUGAUAAGUGGCACCGCAUUGAGAGAAGCUCUGGCAAGUUCUUGAGGAGGUUCAGGCUUCCCGAGAAUGCGAAAAUGGAUGAGAUCAAGGCUGGUAUGGAAAAUGGGGUGCUGGUUGUUACUGUGCCUAAGGAGGAAGAGAAGAAGCCUCAGCUCAAGUCAAUUCAAAUCUCUGGCUAG